GGCAAGGAGGAAGGCGCACGAGCUAACCUGUAGAAAGUUUUGUUCAUAAAAAUGCCGAAAUAUCCCGAGGAGCCGAGAAACGUGAGUGUAACGUCACCACCUUCAGGUCACUGGGUGUGGAGUGAUGAAACUCGAACAGUGGAGUUUGUCAGUUCUCGUCCAACAGAGGAGGGUGUUUUGAGGAAAAGGAGGCAAAGCAAUGUCAAUUUCAACGAUCUUCAGCAGCGAUCAGAAUGGUUGGCUGAGAUCUGCACAAUGAACAGCAGAGGGCGCCAAAGCAUUAGAAAGAGCCUGAGCCCUGCGCAUCUGAAAGCUUAUAGGGCCUCAGUGAUGAAGAGGCGAGGGGACCGCAUCAGCAUUGAUGAUGUUAAACAGGUUGCCGUCAGUUUGCUACAGGAGAAUUACUCACUUCCCAUUCCAUUCUGCUUCUUGGCUGUAUUGAAGAGUAAAGAGCUUGAUGAAGUCCUGACUACCCUUCUCCUUUACCUGUCUUGUUUCUUUGAACACAAGUGUCUGGAGAAUACACCUAAGUCUUUAAUGGCUGUAGACAUCAUCACAGAGCACAAUAUAAUGGCAGAGGCUUUGGCCAAAAAGGAAAUGGCACAAAAGAAGCUGGCUGUCUGCUACUUCAGCCUAAUCAUGGACCUGGAAAUGCAACAGCAUCAACGCACAUCAUUUCACAAGGGCUGGAUGUUGUCAAACAACACAGAAUGGCUGCUGCACGCGUGCUUGUACAGCUUCUUCUGCUAUGUGGCGUGGGUGACGUUUGGCAGGAAGGACCUGAGGGACAUCCAAGAGGAAGUGGGGCGUCUUUUGUACUCCGACACCUUCAACACGGCAGUGAGGAACAGGACUGAUGGUGACGCAGGCAUGAUCUUCACUACUGUUAAUGGUUCAGUGAAGACGGGAGAAGCUGACCCCAAGGUGACGGGAUGUAAUAGCACAUUCAAGCACAGAACGUCCCAGAGGCGUCCAGCCCUCAGCAGUAUACUUAAUCAGCGAUCCCCACUGAUGGUAUCUCUGCUGCCCUCGCCCAAAGAACGGUCACCCCAUCUGUUCCUCAGCAGCCGGGCCGGGAGGCCGAGCCCGCUGCAGGCCGAGCACUGUGACACCAAGGCCCUGACGGAGGAGCUCAACCAGCAGCUGGCCAGUGUCAGCUUUGGGAUUCUUGGCAAGCCAUUGAGACAGUUCAGCCGCAGUACCCUGAUUCCCUAUGGUGAUCCGAAAAACAAGAGAGAUGAGGAUGAUGACCAUGAACCAGGAAGUGAUGUUAAUCCCAAGAAUGAGGAUAAUCGUGGCAUCCACGUUCGAGGUAGCAGGUCAUCCUUAAUGGGACCCAAAUCACCGGCCCUUGACAGAUAUGGCAGCCCCACCCACAUUAACAGCAGAAACUCUGCAGCUACUGUCGAGGCAGUGACCUCAGAUACUGAAUGAUGUGUAUGUGUGAAAGUGGCAGAAUGUUUUGAGUGUGGGUGUGCAUUUUCAUUGGCAUAAUGUGCAUGUGUAUGGCCUUCCAAUCGCAUUCUUCAGCACAGCCCACAGGGUAAAAAACAGAGAGAAAGACUCAGGUAGGAGCUGAGUUUUCAUUCUAUCUUGCACAUGUGUGCCUCAUUUUCAGAAGCACCUCCCUGGGCAGUCAUCACACACACACACACACACACACACACACACACACACACACACACACAAACCAUAUUGGCUUCUGAAUUUAAAUCAGUUUCUUAUUUGCCAGCUGGUGGUGCUGUUUAAUAUAAUGAAAUCCAUAACAACUUUGAUUGUCUGCACUUCCCAUAGAGUCUGAAAUACAUUCAAUUCUCAUAUGAAAAUGAAGGAAGUCCAGCACAUUGCAUGCAUAGUUCACGUUGGAUAUAUAUUUGGGAAAUCAAAUCAUACAGUAUACACAAAGUUUAUUUGUCAUCCCAAUCAGUGUUCACCUUUUUAUAUUUAGAUCACUGAAGGCUUCCUUUUAGACCAUCAUUCUGUGUCCUUGUGCUGCACCACAACAGGCUGACAAUAACAUCUAAAACACACACACACACACACACGCACACACACACACACACACACACACACACACACACACACACACACACACACACACACACACACACACACACACACACACACACACACACACACACACACACACACACACACACACACACACACACACACACACACACCACUCUCUGGCCAGGCUUGGAAGCAGUAGGGGCUUUGCCUUCACCCUAAUUGGCUGUAUAAUCUGGGACACCAGGAGAAGAGUUAAGCCCUCUGAGUAUGCCUAGGAAUCCUCUGCAUUAGGGUGGGGGAUGGGUCACAAGAUAUAUUCUAAAUUAGUUUAAAAAAAUGUAGAGUGUUCCUGGUUUAAAUUUACAUUUAGUUUUACUGUUUGUUUUUAUUGAGGUAAUUGAAGAUGAACACUUUGAUGAGGACAAAGAUCAAAUGAGACUUGUUACUUUCUCCCCUCUUCUGCGGUCUUGUCUUCAUCCCCUGAUGGCUACUUUCACUUUGCCUCACACAUUAGUUAACUGGUCAUGUUCACUGGCCUGAAUAAUCAAAGAGGUGCUUCACUGGGGAGCAGAGACUAUAUCUGUUUUAAUAUAAAUUACAGCAAAGGGCUGGAUGUAAUCUUAACUACUGCCUUAAAGAAAUUGUUCAACGUUUCUAGAAAUACGCGCAUUACUUUCUUUUUCUUGCAUAGAAUUCGGUGAGAAAAUCGAUACCACUCACAAGUCUGUAUGGUACAUAUGUAGCUGCGACCGAUUAGCUUAGUUAGACUGAAAACAGCUAUCCUGGCUCUGUCCAAAAGUAACAAAAUCAGCAUAUCAGCACUUCUAAAGAUCAAUUAUUAUCAUAUUAUAUCUUAUUUGGUAAUCUGUACAAAAACCACAGUGAAAAAACGUCAAUUUGCAGUUUUACGGGGGGCCUUUGUGCCAGACUUGUUGGCCAGAACCACUUCCCAAGCAACCAGCGGGGCAAUUACUGGUCAGGACUAAGAAAAGGUCCCGCACAUAAUCCCUCAUAUACAAAUAUAACAUGUGUAGUGAGCUUCAAAACUGCUGCUAGUAGGUGGAUUUUAUUACCUUUGGACAGAGCCAGGCUAGCUGACUCCAGAUGUUUUCAGUCUUAAUGCUAAGCUAAUCACUACAUAAUCUAACGGCUACAUAUUUACAGAACAAAUGUGAGAGUGGCAUUUAUCUUCUUAUCUAACUCUCGGCAGGAAAGCAAUUAAGCAUAUUUCCCAGACUGUUGAAACAGUACUUUUAACCAUAUAGAGUUACCUAUUAGAUACCUCAGUAUUUAAAAUUGUGUGACUUCUAGUUGGAUUGUCUCCCAUCAUCAGUGGUGUAAAGAGUUAUCUCUCGAAAAAAUAAAAUGUACUUGUCUCUUUCUC